UUUGACAAUUGACAUUUCAUUGACUGCAUGCAUGAGCAUGGUUAUUUACAAAAUGAAGAAGAAAAUCCUCAAUUACGAUUAAGGAAGUUUAAAUUAAACGUCAAUGAUGUUUAAGAAAAUAGCAUUAGGUAUUUCAGGAGGCGUUGAUAGUGCCGUAUCUGCACUUCUCCUCAAGCGAGCUGGAUACCAAGUUGAAGGUGUGUUUAUGAGGAAUUGGGACAAUAACUAUGAAGCUGGUUUUUGUUCAGAUGAAAGAGAUUUCGAAGACGCAACAUUUGUGUGUCGUAAGCUCGAUAUUCCUUUGCAUAGAGUAUACUUUAUUAAAGAAUAUUGGAAUGAGGUGUUCAGUGUGUUACUUGAAGAGUAUGAGACAGGUCUAACGCCAAACCCGGACAUAUUGUGCAAUAGAUAUAUUAAAUUUGACAGCUUUUUCCAACAUUGCAGGAACAAUUUAGGCUUUGAUGCUAUAGCAACGGGUCACUAUGCAAAUACAUCAUUCGGCCCGUUUUUGGAAAAGUACAAUGAGAAUGAAGGAGUUAGGUUGUUACAGCCUGCCGAUAAACACAAGGAUCAAACAUUCUUCCUAUCACAAGUGAAACAAUUCUCACUCAGAAAAUGUAUGUUUCCCUUAGCGGGGUUGUUCAAGAAAGAGGUGAGACAAAUAGCUAAAUCUGAAGGCCUGUUGAAUGUAGCUGGUAAAAAAGACAGCACUGGUAUCUGUUUCAUUGGAAAAAAUAAGUUUCAGGAUUUCAUUGAAGAAUACAUUGAAACAAAGAAAGGUCAGUUCAUAGACAUAGACACAGGUCAAGUAGUGGGAGAACAUGGAGGUCUGCACAAGUGGACAGUUGGUCAAAGAUGUUGCAUACCAAGCCAUAAAGAAGCAUACUUCAUAUUUAAAAAAGAUUUGGAUACAAACAAUAUUUAUGUGGUAUCAGGAACUAAGCACCCAGCACUCUGGAAUAAUAUAUGUUUAACAGGCCCACCCCAUUGGAUACAUAGUGAACCCACAGAAUUAGUCAAUAAUAGUGUAUUGAAUUGCUACUUUCGAUUUCAACACACAAAGCCACUCACAGCCUGUAGAGUGGUCAGAAAUGCUGAAGGGCUGACUAUUAUACUAGAUAAUAAAUUAAGGGCAUUAACAGAAGGCCAAUUUGGAGUACUGUAUAAAGAUGGAGAAUGCCUUGGGAGUGCAAAGAUCAAGAACAUUUGUCAUAAUUUAGUUUAGUUAUUGUUGAAUAAAGUUGUUGACAUUUA